GCACAAACGCUCCCCCCUUCCUCAUCCCCCUUCUCUUCUCUCCUCUCCUCUCCUCUCUCCCCCUCCCCCUCCCCUUUCCCUUUCCCUCUCUCUGUCUCUGUCUCCCUCCCUCCCUCACCCCCCUCUCCCCAAUUUUUCUCUCUCUCUCUCUCACACACACACCAACACUCUUUCGUUCAACAGCCUCUCUUCUCUCUUCUCUUCUCUCUCUCUCUCUUUCUGUGCACAGACAUUCAUACAAUUCUCUCAGCGGGUUAAGAUAGUCAGGUUAGACUAAAGCAGAUAGAUGUUGAACAAAACGAGGACAAAGCAUCGAUAGAUAAACUGCCUUUCCCUUCUUCGGUAGAUAAAUCCAAUUUUAGAUCUCUGCUUCUUCUUUUGGCUACGAUCACAACACCUGCAGGAUCUGUCUGUCGAUUGGGUAGAUUCUCAAAGUAGUCAACUUCAUCAUUUUAAGACAUUAUAGUGGAUCAACAAUCUGCCGCUCUAUUGAUCAAUUAAAGGUCUGCGGAUCUCAAGAAUAUUAAUUAGCUCAAUUCACAGAGUUCAGUGUCAACGUUGAUCAACAUUCUGAUCGUGACUGGAAGCAGCCGAGACAUCGAUCAGGUUGCGUGUAAGAUCAUCAUCAUCAUCAUUUGUCGGCGAAGUCCCACGACACUUUUGCAACACACGAACGACACCGGAGAUUUAUAUUGAUUGGAGAAUAUAAUGCCAGGUCACCUAAGCGCAACCGAAGCCCCUGAGGAUCUAUGGACAUGCCACGAAUGCGGAUGGACAUAUCCAAACCAUCACCCAAGUGCGAAGCACCGCAGGAAUCACAAGAAGGUCUGUGGUUCCAUACCAGGAUUCAUUGGUACAAUUUCGUCGAGGAAAGCACCACCUGAACCUGAGCCGUCCAUGAUGGAUGGAGCGUCGUCGGACGAUGCUUCCUCCGACGAUGAAUCCACCCCAGACAAGACUCAUGAGAAGUGUGGCCACCCUCAUCCUUCCUCCAAGGUUGCACCGAUGCAGCAGACCGCUGCUGCAGUCUCUCUGCACACCGUGCAACAUGGUGGACCUCGUGCUGCCAAGUCGCUGUGCGUUUCGCAUCGAUCCAAAGAGCCGUGCCUUCACGGCGAAGAAGCUCUGAAGCCCGCUCCAUUGACCGAGCGCACUUUGUCGGACCAGAACAACCGUCAGGCCCUACAAUCGACUGCGUCGAAUCUGAGUCCUGCUCUUAAAACCCAGCAUGUGAGAAGACGCUCAGCUCACGCUUUGGAAGGGGUUUGGGUGUGCCGGCACUGCGGAUGGACGUAUCCCAAUGCUCACCCGAGUGCCAAGCACCGGAGGAAGCACAAGAAGAAAUGCCCAGCUCUUGUCGUCACACGACAUGCAGUGGCAGCUGGUGGAUCUUCAGACGACGCCUCCUCUGAUGAAGAGAACCGUAUUCAGAGAGCUGCUGCACUCCAAAAUGCGGAAGCUCCUGAGACGAACAAUCUGCCAAUGCCUAACAAUCUGCCCAUGCCUGCCAGUCUCUCAUUGGAGGCUUUCUUGAGCAGAUCUGGUUCCAUGAAUGGGGGCUCGGCACAGCAUGCGAGCUUGAGAGAGCUGCAAGCCCCCAUUAUAUUACUGAGCCCGAGACCCGCGUCGAGGAGGGACACAUUUUUAAGCCCGCGACACAGAAGAGAAGGUCCUUCUCUACUCCUGAGCCCUCGAGGCAGCAUGAAGAACCCGAAGGCUGCAAAUAAUAUUCAGGCUCAAGAAAUCGCGCCGACCAUCGCUACCGAGAGGAAGUCAGAAGCUGUGAGCGACCUAGAAAAUGAAGAUCCAGAAGUAGUCCUGAAUCUUCCGACAGUGAGAACUGUCACCAUCCCUCGAUCUACUGCUCCAGCAGCAGCAGUAGACGAGAGUGUUGGAGGGGACAUCUUGCAAGAAGGAAGGAGGUCGUUGUCUGAUGAAUCUGAUCUCAACAAUUCGGAUGGAGAGGCAGCAAGAAGCCCCGUCUCAGUUCUACAGACCCGCCACCUCCCGGUCCCCACAACCACCAACUCCACCACAACCGACGACGACGACGAACCCAAGACUUCCGAUCAGGAAGAGACGGAUGAAGAGGUCACUGAACAGCUUCUUCACCAAGAAGAAGCAGCAGCUUUCAGUUCAGAUGCACAUCGCCAGAAGGAUGAAUCUACGGAUGAAGUGGCUGUUGACCAGCGAAGCUGCGAGGCUGUGCCUGAACUGGCGCAAUCUCCCACUUGUGAGGCUUUGCCGAAGGUUGACAGUUCAAUGUCACACCCACCAACAGCACCAACAGCACCAACAGCAGCAGCAGCAGCAGAUCAGAAUGAAUCUCAACAAGUCUCCAGUGUAAAUAUUAUUCAACCAGUUGAUGCAAGUCCUUGUACUGAACUACAGGCAGCAGUAACAGGGCCCAUUUGUGUGGCUAAGGAGACCGAGGUGGCCAUAGAAGAUGAUGAGAAAGUCAGCCUUUCUGAGGAACUGGGUACUUCACUUGCUUCUGUCGACAAUAAUCACGAGCAAAAGUUGGGUUCAAACACAGACGUUGCAGUCUCGGAGGAGCAUGUUUCGAGGAUGACACUCGCAGUUGGAGAGUCUUCGGAUGGGGCAUCUCAAGAUACGAACAGGAGUCUUAUUUUGGGUGAGACUGACUGUGUCAAUGUACUCUCGGCGGAGAAAGAUAUUGAAGGUCAAAGCUGCCAAGAGCUGGAUUCGAUUAAUCUUCUGAUGACAGACAAUGUGGUCGCCAACUCAACAGUAACUCUAGAUAAUGACUUCUCGUCCCAGGAGGCAAGAAGAGAAAUGUCCACAGAUGAAGUAACUUUGCAAGGUAUCAAGUCUCGAGAAGAACUAGAAAUAGAGGCAGAUGACUUCGAGCUGGACUGCGCAAAACCUCUAGAAAUAACAGACCGAAAGGAGGCCUCGGACAAAACUGGAUCUGCUGUAGCUUUUGCAUCAGCACUAGAAUCACCAUGUGAUUCGCACUCUUCUGAAUCGCCAACCAAUGUACCAGUACUUGACACUGAAGACGAAGGCCUGCCUGUCGGGGUUGUUGCUUGUGCUGCAGCACUCGAAAACACUGACGCAGUUGUGGACGAGGAGGAGGAGGAGAAGGAGGACAGGGAUCUGCCGAGCUUCAGCUCUGAGCUUCUUCCCGUACAAGCUCCAAUGGACACCACCGUUGAAGUUGUGAAAGAGGACACCAAUCUCCCAACCUCGAGCUCUGAGCAUCCCUCUGCCGAUCAACCUCCUGAAGAGCUCACCGUCGAAGCUGUGCAAGAGCAAGACGGAGAUCUUCCGACCUCGACCUCCGAGGUCCCUUCUGCUGCUGCUCAACCUCCAGUGGCCACCACUGUCGAAGUUGUGUCAGAGAAGGACGAGGAUCUUCCGACCUUGAGAUCCGAGGUCGCUUCUGGCGAUCAACCUCCAGUGGACACCACCGUCGAGGCUGUGAACCAGGACGGCAGGGACGACAGGGACCUUGCUGCCUCGAGCUCCGAGACUCUUCCCAGUGAUCAACCUCCUGUGACAGCGACAUCCCCCGUUGCAGUCGAGGAGCAAACGGAGGAAAGCGAUGAUCUUCCAACCCUGAGCUCCGAGGUCAGUUGCGCCCAUCAACCUCCAGUGGGAAUCACCGUUGAAGUUGUGAAUGAGGAGAACAGGGAUCUUCCUACCUUGAGAAGCCCUGAGGUUCUUCUCGCCGAUCAACCUCCGGUGGAAAUCACCGUCGAAGCUGAUGAGAAGGGCAUGGAUCUCCCGACCUCGAGCUCUGAGAAUCUUCCUGCUGAUCGACCUCCACUGCCAGUCGCUGUCGAAGCCGUGAAGGAAGAGGAAGAGGAAGAGGAAGAGGAGGUGGAGGUGGAGGAUAAGGGCCUUCAAGCUCUCGUUGCCCAACAACCACAACAACCUCCAGUAGAAGUCACUGCUGGAGCUGUGCAGGACACGGAGGAGAGGAACCUUGCCAUCUCGAGCUCUGAGGUUCUCUCAGCUGAUCAACAUUCAGCUGACCUGUCUGCUGCUGCAGAGGAGGUUGACGACCUCGUGACUCCUCCGGUUCAUGAGGAGCUUCUCGAUGCCAGUGAAUCCCCGAUGGAGUCCCUUUCUGAAGUGCAAGAAACUACUGAUACCUCGCUUGUCUGUUCGAAUGCAGCUCAAGCUCCACCUACAACUCUUGAAUUGGGUUUCCAGUCCAGCUGCAUGGAAACUCUCAUCCCACCAACCCAGUCCACCCAGUCCACAACAACUGCCCCUGAUGCAGAGGAUGAGUCGUCCUCUGGCCGAUCUGGUCAUGAGAUGGUGCAGGAAUCCUUGGAUGUGAAGCCUGCUGAUCUUGUUACACCGAGCGCUGCUGCCAUGGGAAUCUCCGGCCAAAGCUCUGAGACUCUGCCCACUUCGAAAUCUCAGGUUGUAGUCACUGGGCCAGUGGGUGAUGAUUGUGAUCUCAAAAUGGAUCAAGCUGAAGAGAACAAAUCCGAUCCAACUGAGUCUCGAGUGACAGACGUCGUCGUCGUUGAAGAGAAGACUACCUCUUCUGUGGCCAUUGAUUCUCAUCUUUCAGCUGGGAAACAAGAAAUGCCUGAAGCUUCUUCACAUGAUCAUUCAGGGGCUGCAGAAGACUUGUGGACGUUCCAGAGGAAUCCUAAGAAGAACCGCAGAGAGGUUCAUGGAUCCGAUGCUAUCGAAGGGUCGUGGGAUGACGCGUCUGAAGCUCAAAUCGAUUCCAGGGGAGCUUUUGACGCCAUCGGUUCGGACUUGAAUGCUUCCAGAACUCCUGGAUCAUCAAGCUCCAACUCAGAAGCUGAGAUUGCAGUCGACGAGGUCGAGAACGAUCUAUCGACGGUCACCGACCUGGAGAAGGAGAAGGAGAAGGAGAAGGAGAAGCCCACGCUGGGAGCAGUCGGUGUGGUGGAAGCCACGGCUCGAGAUGGGGGCGUGGCCACAGAGAAGACGGCGGAGGCGGUUGUUCUGGCUGAGACUUCGACCACCGAAUCCGACAUUCUGGUGGUCGAAGAGAUCGAGAUAUCUCCAGGCCUUGCUGCUGAGGCCACAGCUGCUGCUCAGCAGGUGGUUGGGCAUGGGAAGCACGCACCGCCGACCGUGACCAUUCCUGAGCUCGAGCAGGAAAUUGCAGAAGGAGCAGCAGCAGCAGCAGCACCGGCGGCAGAGAAGCCCGCGGGGAUUUUCGUGCACUGGAGGGCACGAGAGGGCAAGCUGCAGCGAGAGCCGUCGCUCAAGAGAGAGCCAAGAGAGCCGCGAGAGCCGAGCUUGCCGAGGCUGCCGGGAUCCGGCAAGAGGAAAGCGCUGCCUGCUCUGUCGUUCGGCACGGCUGAUGCGUUCCAUGUGACCAAGAAGCAGGAAUCGCGGCCAGGAAUGAAAGGGAAGAGUCGAGACCUGAAGUCCGAUUCGAUGAAGCUCCGUGCGAGGGCACGAAGCUGUGCUCCGGACAGUCCUCCAUCGAGUCCUCCGCGAUCGGGAGGCCCAGGAAGCCCCGAAGGAAUCGUGAAGGUGAGGAUCGAGACAUACGAGCGACUGAUCGGCAAGACGAGGUCGGUCGCCCCGUCGCCCUCACCUUCUCCUUCUCACAAAGCCCCAACAUUGUUUGGGAAGUUCUCCGGUCCUCAGAUUGCACCGAUUUCUAGCCAUCCGCAAUUCGAGCACGAGGAGGCGGCUGCUGAGGAGCAGAUCGCAGCCAUCGCCACCCACCUUCACCAUGUGGAGCCGAAACAACCAACGAAGGUGCAGGACACCGACACGCACGAUGAUUCGCAGGAAUUGCUGCACGAAGCUCUUUGCCACCUGCGGCAUUCCGAAUUUGACCAAGGUCACCAGAAUAACAACGAGCAAGAUUCACUGGAACCUGAGGAUUCUUCGCAAAGAAUCAGUAAGGUUUCACUAGUACUCAAAGAAGCGGCAGAGCACUGUCUGUCUCCAGUCCCCAGGCUCACCACAGCCUACUGAACCUUUAUAUGCAUAUAGAUUCAUACAUACAUAAAUUUAAUGUGUUUCUUGAAAAAAUAUGUUUAAUAUCCGCAAAUCCAUCAAGUUUGUGCAUGGGCUCGGCCCUGCUUCUUCCCGAAGGAGUGCUCCUCCUCUGCGCAUCCUCUGACCCAAAAAAAGAUUGAAAGAUCAUUGUCUUUCGAGUUGUACAUUACGUCAAGCAAUAUGCUAUGGAUUAAAGACGACCCUGCUUCUUCUUGU